AUGUAGGUACAUUUCAAAUCAAUGAUUAUCAGUGAAGAGUUCAUAUUAGAUUACAUUUUCACGGACUUUGUUAUUCAUUCAGAUUGCCCGGUCAUCUGAUGAGGGAUAUUUAUUAGGUAAUGAACAGGAAUAUAGGACUACGGGCUCAGGCCGCCAUGAACACUUGCGCCGAUUGUAGUGAACCUUUUGUGUGUACAUGUUCUUUAUGUGACACCAAAAUGUGCAGACAACACAUGAUUACCCACAUGGACACAGUUCACUUCUUAGCUGAUAAUGAUGCAGACAAAACAAAAUGUUCUGUUCAUUCCAAAAAUUUCCUGAAAACUUUCUGUAGAACUUGUCGUCUGCCACUUUGUGAUGUCUGUGUGACAGAUGGCGGCCAUGUUUCCCACGAAAAAAGUGACCUCGACGCUAUCUUGGAAUUUUUCACUGAAGCGAUUUCCAAUGAAAAUCAAGAGUUAAUAAGUUACAUAAGGCCCUUUUAUCAGAAGAUACUCGACAUCACAAAGGAAAGGAAAAAAGAAGUUCCGUCUAGCUAUAAAAAUGUGAAACAUGAAAUCAAACAGUUCGCUGAAUCCUUACACAAAGAAAUUGAUAGUGUAGUUCAGAUAUUGUAUGGUGAAAUGGAUGAAAAAGAAAAGACUGAAACUAAACAAUUGGAGGAACAGGAUGAUGUUUAUUCAGAGAGAAUAAGCAAAGUGGAUGAAACUGUUUUACAAAACAGGCAGUUAAAGAGUUCCAACAAUCCAAUGGAAUUAACGAAAUUUAGCUCCAGUCUGGCUUAUUUCCAUGUAAAUCCAAGUCAAGUUAAAGAAGAGUUGCCUAAAUUCUCUCCUAUAACAAACAGAGAAGAAAUUAAAGAAAAGUUAUUGGGACUUUUUGGAAAGGUUUUGUUCGAUGUAUCUGACAAACAUGUGUCUGAUUUAAAACUGGAAAACGUCAAUGCAGCAAAAGUGCAGCUUUUGGAGCAGCCAGGGGUUUUAGAUAUUCUCGAAAACGAAUUUCCUCCUGAUGCAAAUAAAAAUAAGUUGUAUAAUUUGUGUUGCAUAAAUUCCAAAAAAAUUUUGGUCGGCGGAAAUGAUUGUUUUCUUCACGUAAGAGAGCUAUAUGACGAAGACAAAGAGAUCCAAAAAAUUCAGUUAACAUGCCAAGGGGUAUAUUUUGUUCUCUCGUCAAAAGGCGUGCUCUUUUAUACAAGUAAAAUGGACAAAACCGUGAAAAGAAUAAAAUCCCUUCAUUCCUCAGGAAAAACUACUUUUCUGCAGUUCGAAAAAUGGGAACCAAGAGGACUUGCAAUGACUUCCUCAGAUCAUCUACUUGUCUGUCUGUAUAAAAGAAAGCAGUCCAAAAUAGCAAGGUACAAUCAAACUGGAAAGCUUGUGCAAGAAAUCCAAUAUCACAACGACAAACUGUUGUUCGAAAACCCUAUGUUCAUAUGUUGUAACAAAAACGGGGACAUUUGCACAGCAGAUAAUGCCAAAUAUGCCAUCAUUGUCGUAGAUCAAUUUGGGGUAUUUCAAUUUUCUUACGAUGGUCGCAAUGCACUGGAGAGAGGUAAAACUUUUCGUCCAUGUAAUAUGGCAACAGAUCACUUGUGCAACAUUAUUGCAACGGACUUCGAAAACCACAAAAUCCAUCUUCUUGAUAAAUAUGGACAAUUUCUUCGCUUUCUGGAUCCUGAUGCGGGGAUCAGUCGCCCUAGAGCUAUUACUAUAGAUAAGGAUGGGAAAAUAUGGUUUGGGGAAUGCUUCAGCGGAAAAGUCAAAGUCAUGCAAUAUCUGAAAUGACCAAGUUUAUGUAAGAGUGAGAUUU